UUUGCCGGCUUCGAGGGCUUCGUCGACGAGGCGGCCGGCGGCCACUCCUCCACCGAGACGAUGACCCUGGUGGCGGCCAAGGCCCGCUGCAUGGCGGACCGAGGCCUGGCGGGCUUCUGCUACGACACGGUUGGAGGAACCAUCCCCGCAGACGGGGAGCUCACCGUGCACUUCAAGACCAGCUUCGAGAUGACGCCCGCCCCAGGCUCAGGGUGGUGGGCCUGGAAGGCUGGAUGGCCGAAGCUGCCUGCGCCGAGGACCGCCGUCGAGGAGCAGCCCGCCGCGCCCGCGGCCGGGCCGGGCCCUGCCGCGGCCUCCCCGGAGGCUGCGGCGCCGCCCUGGCCCCCGCCAGCGGAGCUGUCCGCUCGGAUCUCGGAGAGGUGCGCUGCCCAGAAGGCGCAGCCGAUCGUGUGGUGGAACUGGAUCGAGAGCGAGACCGUCAAGGCUGGCUGCAACAGAGUGGCGGCCGGGCUCUUCUAUGAGCUCACCUUCCCCUGGACCAGGGAGAAGCUUCUGGAAAAGGGGCCCGAGUGGCUGACGAGAGCUUUUCAUGCUGCUGGCACCCUGGAUAGAGAGAACAAAGUUAUCGAGCUCAGGGUGCAGGACAAGUGCCUGUUCAUCAGUGAUAGUGCUGACCAGAUAUUCUUCGAGGUGGCUUACGAAAAGGACGACCCUACACUGCACACGCAGCUAGUUGCCAAGGUGCCCCUACCGCUUGAUGGCGAGACAUACAGAGAUCGACUAGUCUCGUCUUAUUACAAGCAGCCUUGGGAUAUGUACGAGAUUAAUGCUCACAGGCUGUUCGAAUCGGAGCUGCCCAUGAGGACACCCAGAUUUUACUUCGGCGAUAUCAGCAAUGAGACGUCCAAUUACAUCCUCGUCGUUGAGCAGCUCCCCUUCGCGGGCUUCUCCGGCGACGGGGCCGCGGCCGCGCCCAAAGCGGGCGAGAUCGAGGGGCCUUACGCCGCCUGCAGGGACGACCAGCUGAGAAGGCCUGCCAAGGAGUACUACCUCGCGAUCAUGCGCAUGCACGCGGCGCUUGCGGCUAAGCACCAGAAGUGCCAGGAGCUCCUGCAGAGCGGCCUCAUGUCUGCGGAGGCCGACUCGCUGGAGGACCCAGAAGCGUGGGGCGUGGAGCCGGGCAAGCCGACUUUCGAGGACCUGCAGAUCGUGCUGCGGAGACUCGAGGCCGGCAUCAGCUUCUUUGCCGGCACCGCCAAGGCGAUCUUCCCGCCCUACGUGGGCACCGAGGCCUUCCAGGCGAAGCUGCGGUUGACCAUGACGAAUCUCCAGGCGUAUCACUCGGAGAUCAAUUAUUGGAAACACAAGGACCCGCGCUACGUGGCGCUGGUGCACGGCAACCUGAGUGUGGACAACGCCUUCUUCUGGACCGGAGAAGGCGGCAAGCUGGAGGCCGGAGUGCGCGAUUGCAGCGGCUUGGGCGUCUUCAGCGUGCCCCACCGGAUAUGGUGGAGCUUAGCGUGCGCCGACUUCGAGAACGUGCACGCUAACCUGGACGAGUACAUAGACACCUUUGUGACGCUCUACCGCGAGGAGGGGGGACCCGCAGUGGAUCGGGCGGUGGUCCGCAGAACCAUCCUCUUGACCGCCGUGGACUCGCUCAUGCUGAUGGUGAACGCUGUGCCGAAGUGCUUGCGGCUGUGCCCGGCGGAGGAGUGGUCGACGAUCCAGGGGCUCGACGACCCGAGGCUCGCCGGCGCCGGCGGCGGCAGGGGUUUCGUGAGGAGGACCGUGCAGGUCCUCCGCAACGGUCUGAGGGUCGUCGAGGAGAUGGACGGCCCCCAGGUCCUGGACAGCUGGAUCCGGGAGGUGUACGUCCAGGAGUGGGGGGAGACGCCGAAGUCCAUCGCCACGGAGGAGUGACGCGGGCCCUGGCGCCUUCCCCUCGCAGCAGGGGCGUGGCAGCACACCGGGUCCACGGGCAACUGCAGGCACGGCGUCACUGGUUCCCGACCGUCUCGCGGCGUG